AUGAAUUAAUGUGAAGAUAUAAUUGUGAAAUGUCCUAAUCCAGAACAUACUAAGAAUGUUAAAUAAGUAUGUUUUGAUGAGUCUUGUAAAGAAUAGAGAUUAUAUUGUCAUGAAUGUAUUAAAAUUGGAAUGCAUGUUACUCAUCAUUAACAUUAAGAAGAGUUGCCAUUCCUAUUUGAACAUAUUUCAAGAAUUGAAAAAGAAUCUGAUGAUUUAAUAAAUAGAAUCAAUAAAUAAAUGGAUUUGAUUUACAAUGACUUCUUUUUAUUAAUUGGAGGAAUUAGAUCUAAAUAUCAGAUAUCUAAAUAAUAAUUACUCAAUUUAAAUUUUCAAUAAAUUAAUUCUUUCUUAUCAUAAAGUAUUCAUUUCAAAUAAUUUGAAUUAACUAUUGAAAAAUUGUUAUAGGAAUUGAUAAAGGAAUUUUAAGAUUAAAUAAAAAAAUUAUAGAAAGAUUUAAAUUUAUUUGCAUUAGAUUAUGAUCAAAUAUCUAAAUCAAAUAUUGAAAAAUCAGAAGAAUUGUAUGAAAUAGGUAAUUUAAUUAAUGAUUUAGGAUAUAAAUUAUAUUGGAAUGAUGACAAAUAUGAGGAGGCUAUUUAAAUAUUUGAUUAAGCAUUGGAUUUUAAUUCAAAACAUCAAUUAUCAUUAUGGUGCAAAGGUAUGAUUCAAUUUGAAUGUAUUAGCUGAGAGUUUAAAGAUGCUUGGUUAAUAUCAUGAUGCUAUUGUUUGGGCAGAUAAAGCUUUGUAAGUAGAUCUAAAGCAUUGUAGUUCAUUAAGGACAAAAGGUUGAUUAAAUUUGAUUGUGUUAGCUGACAGUUUAAGGGGACUUAACUAAUAUAAUGAAUCUAUCGUUUGGGCAGAUAAAGCUUUGUAAGUAGAUCCAAAGAAUUGUAGUUCAUUAUCUACUAAAGGUAUGAUUAAAUUUGAAUGUAUUAGCUGAGAGUUUAAGGAUGCUUGGUUAAUAUAAUGAAGCUAUCAUUUGGGCAGAUAAAGCUUUGUAAGUAGAUCCAAAGCAUUGUAAUUCAUUAUUUACUAAAGGUAUGAUUAAAUUUGAAUGUAUUAGCUGCCAGUUUAAGGAUGCUUGAUAAAUAUAAUGAAGCUAUCAUUUGGGCAGAUAAAGCUUUGUAAGUAGAUCCAAAGCAUUGUAAUUCAUUAUUUACUAAAGGUAUGAUUAAAUUUCUUAAUUCAAGGUGACUCUUUAAGAUAUUUGAAGAAGUUUAAGGAAGCUAUGGAAGUGAUUGAAUAAUCUCUAAAAAUUAAUCCAAAUCAUUUUGAUUCAUUAAGGAUAAAAGGUGAUACUAUGAUAUAAUUAAUAGGUGAAUGCUUACAUGAUCAGAAAUAAUAUUAAUAGGCUUUAAUAUUUUAUGAUAAAGCUUUAGAAAUUAAUUCGAAUCAUUAAUGUACUUAAAAUAAAAAAAGUAUUGUAUUUCUUAAAAUUAGAUGAAUGUUUAAAAGCCAUUUAAAACAAAUGA